UUAGUUCAUUUUAGUGCUAAAGGCACCUUCUGUUUUCCAGGGACGUUAAUGCCUAGUAAAUGCAGAUUGCUUAUCUGUAAUUGCGGCCACACUGCAUGACCUAUAUACAAGCGAAACAAUUGUAGUGCUUUAAUGUGUUAAUUUCCUUUACAUUCCCAGCGCUGUCAACUUUGCGCUGUGACCACAGUGGCUCUGCUGUCGCACAGUGUUUCAUUACCCUCGACCCAUGACAAGUAAACAGUGACCAAAGUUAAAGCGCUUUGAAGAGGGCUUCCGUGACACACUGUUCCUUCACACAUGGAGGUUAGCUGAUCACAAAUCACCAAGCCGGGGACACAGAGGUGAGUAUUUGUGGAGCCACCCCCCUCUUGUGCAGCGUGUGAUCAAUCACUUCAAUAUAAGACACCAUGGAUCUCCUGAGGCCUGCUCCAGUGGCAGUGGCUGCUCUCCUCCAUUGACCUCCUCUGCUCUCGUCUCCUCUUCCUCCACCGAUACUCCCUCUCUCCAACCCUCCCCCCCUCAACGCCACCCCUCCCCCGUCCAUCCACCCAUCCUCUUGCGACCCCUCGUUGUGGCACCAUGGCGGGGGAGAAGGGACCAGCCAGGCGGAGCGCCAUGGACAUAAAGCGCCUGGCAGGGUUGAUCCAGAGGGGGGCGGGGCGCCUGCUGGUGAUUGACAGCAGGACCUUCUCGGAGUACAACGCGUCCCACAUACAGGGGGCGGUCAACGUGUGCUGCUCCAAGCUGGUGAAGCGGCGACUGCAGCAAGACAAGGUGUCCGUCACCGAGCUACUGCAGCCCAAUGGCAAGGUCAAGGUUGAGAUGGGCAGGAAACAGGAAGUGGUGAUGUACGACCAGAGUUCCAAAGAGGCGGGGCAACUAUCCAAAGACUGCUUUGUCCACAUCCUACUGGGCAAGCUGGAGGGCACCUUCCACCGAGUCUCCCUGCUCACCGGGGGCUUUGCUGCGUUCUCCUCCUGUUUCCCCGGGCUGUGUGAGGGCAAGCCAGCUUUGCCUAUGAGCAUAUCCCAGCCCUGCCUGCCUGUAGCUAACGUAGGCCCCACACGCAUCCUACCACACCUCUACCUGGGAUCGCAGAAAGACGUCCUCAACCAGGACCUGAUGGUUCAGAAUGGCAUCACGUACGUGCUGAAUGCCAGUAACACCUGUCCCAAGCCUGACUUCAUCAGCGAGAGCCACUUCAUGCGGAUCCCUGUCAACGACAACUACUGCGAGAAGCUACUGCCCUGGCUGGAGAAAACCAAUGAAUUCAUUGACAAAGCCAAGGUGUCAAACUGCAGAGUCAUUGUGCACUGCCUGGCUGGAAUCUCACGCUCGGCAACCAUCGCCAUCGCAUACAUCAUGAAGACAAUGGGCCUGUCAUCGGAUGACGCCUACAGGUUUGUGAAGGACCGGCGGCCUUCGAUAUCGCCCAACUUCAACUUCCUGGGCCAGCUGCUGGAGUUCGAGAAGGGUCUGCGGCUCCUCCAAGCGCUGUCGGAUGACAAGACCUCUGAGGGCAAAGGUCAAUCCCAGGGUUCAGAGGUCAACGGGGUCAGCACAGGUUCAGAGAUCAACGGUCAUCAUGACUUUUCAUUAGCAGAGCCCCCGACCCCUUCAGAACCCAAACUCCCCUCGCCGACCUCCCUCCAGCAGGGCUUCAACGGCCUCCACCUGUCAGCCGAGCGCAUCCUGGACACCAACCGGCUGAAGCGCUCUUUCUCCCUGGACAUCAAGUCUGUGUACUCCCCUAGCAGCCCCCACUGCCCGCGCCUGGCAGCGCCCACACACUCCGAGGAUGUGCCCAAGCUGUGUAAACUGGACAGCCCCCCUGUCAAUGGCAUCUGUCCCCAGUUCUCCCCUGCCCCGGACAGCCCUGGCUCAGCCGAGUCGCCCUUCCCCUCCCCGGGGUGCGGCGGUAGCAUCGGAGGUCUCGGCGUCGGGGGUCCCAGUGAAGGGGGCGGUCGCUCUGGAGGUCCCUCAUUGUCCAGGCCCAGGAGGAAAGCCAAGCACGGCUCUGGAUCUGGUGGAGCUGGAUCCACAAGCAACUCCCCGGUCCACUCCUACCUCCCACACCCCCAGUCCCUCAGCCUGGCUCUGGGACGCUCCCUGCCCGUCCACAAGAGCCCCAGCCUGGACGACAGCCUGAAGGGCUCCAUGCUUCUCUCCCUGCCCACCAUGGGAUCUGGGACCAUGUGGACCAAACACAGAGACACAGUCCAGGCGACCACCCCAGUCACCCCUACCACCGACACCCCCUGGUACUUUGGGGCAGAAGAGGUAGGGGAAGGAGGGAUGGAACUCGGAGGCGGCAGUGGAGGAGGGGUGGAAGUGCGAUUCGGAAGCAGCUCAGCGUACGUGGCGUUCGGGUGUAGCGAAGGGGUGCGGCUACGGGAGAAAGUGCCGCGGGACAAAACGGCGUCGUCGUCAGCGUCGUCAUCAUCCUCGACGACCGUUGCUAACGGGACGGGCUCCAACAGCAACGACAAGCAGUUCAAGCGGCGCAGCUGUCAGAUGGAGUUUGAGGAGGGCAUCUCCGAGACACGUUCCCGGGAGGAGUUAGGGAAGAUUGGGAAGCAGUCUAGCUUCUCCGGGAGCGUGGAGAUCAUCGAGGUAUCUUGACAAACCGGACUCCGGACCACAACCUGCUCGCCCAGGGAGGGGGGCAAAUGGACCUGAGGGGGGAGGACAUGGGGGGGUGAUUUAUAAUCCCUACGCAGACCGUGUUAAAGACUCAAACUCUGAGAAGACAAACAAAUGGACAGAGAGUUUUUGUGACGAGACAUGAGGUUCAACUGUCAAUUUACUACUACUGUACAUCUACAGUACUACCAAACAAAGCUCUAAAGAGAGAAACUCUGGGGAAGAUGGAGGCUGUGGGGCCUGACACUGAACUAUGAACUAUUUCCUCUGUAUGGUGUCAGCUAGACAAAAAGGGACCCUGGGGCAAGUCACAAAGGGCUCCCUAUCCCCCAUAUAGUGCACUACUUUUGAACAAAUGUCACCAAAAGUAUAGCACUAGUUAGGUUAUAGGGUGUCAUUUGAGACGUAUAGCCAAGCGGUUUCCUCCUAAAGCUUGACUUCAGCCCCAGUGAACCCCAGCAUGGCUCAGUCUGCCCCACCAUUCAUUAAAAAGACUGAAAGCGCUACGUACCCCAGAAACACAGCACAUCACACUGCAGUGAGAUACCAUUCAGUGUCUACUAAGUGACUAUACCGGUGAUACUGCAUCAAAACAAUGAAGGAUCCUCCAUGUUGGCGUGUCAGCCCAGCAUGGUCCACGAGGACUCAUAGUGACCGAUAAAGACUGACAGUGUAUUUUCCCCACAAUCCUCUUCUGCUCCCUUGUUUCCAGUGUUAAACGGUGUGACGUGACUGAGGUUUGGGGCGGUGGGGAGGGGAGGGGAGGGGUUAGGUCUAAGUUACGACCUCCCUGUAGUGGCGUUCUGUACACGCAUGUCUCCCUCCACACACCCCACCCCCCUAUGUAUACCCCCCCACCCAUGCCCCCCCUUCUCCCAGCCUCUACUGAGCAUGCUCCAGAGUGGCUGGCCGACAGACAGACAAAUACUAUAUGAAUAUAUAUAGCAAUUUUAAUGGACUUUUAAUCAACAUUUUUUUUCUCAUAGUUUUAAUUUAUUUUAUCUGUUCAUUCUGGUAAUGAGAAAUAAUCAUGUUUUGUGGACUUUUUCCUUUGUUAAUCUCAGUUUUUGUUGAAUGGUAUUUAUGAAACACAUACACAUGCAACAACACACACACAACUACAAGCAAGCAAUAUGUGAUGUUCAUUAUUUGGAGGGAGAGUGAUGUAUUUUGGGUUUCAUCUGACAUUAAUAUGCACUUUUCUGUCACUCUCUUCAAAAAACAAGUAUCCCAUCCACUUCCUAAGGGUACCAACACGCUCUAACCCCUGGUGAUAUAACCAGACGCGUGGUAUGGUGAAAAACAGUCAUCUGAGGGGUUUCUAGCUACUUCCCUAUGAGCACAACACGUUUGAAAGACAUUGAAAAGACGUACAAAACAUGUAUUUUGGCUUGUAAAGACAUUGAGAAGACGCUGAAAUACAUAUUUUCCACGUCUUGUGCUCACUGUGUCGACUCUUCAGUUGUGUGUAUUUAUGACGUUAUUUUUUUGGGGUGAUCGUGGGCUCCUACAGUUAUUAGGGUUAUCUACUGGGAGACUGUUCGUGUGAGGAGACUGAAGAACCUUAUUAAACCCUGUGCUCUUCUAAAGAGCAGCAUUAUUGUAGGAAGGACUGUUGAUUUCUCGAGGGCUAAGGACAACAACUACUGGUAUAUGCAAGUAGAUCCACACAUUUUGACAAUAUUAGAGACAUCCACCUAAGAGUGCUAGACUCAUUCUGUUGGUUAGUUUCCACACAGACAGACAGACAGACACACACACACACACACACACACACACACACACACACACACACACACACACACACACACACACACACACACACACACACACACACACACAGGAUUAAUUACACAGUUUUGGGAUGUGAGAGGAGCCCAAAGCUGAAACAAACCCCCUCCACACACACGAAGAUACACCGCCACCUUUCGUUUGUUCUCAGGGGAUCUUUCAGUGAGCCAAGCCCGGAGCAGGAUACACAGCUGCUGGCACAUCAGCACAAUGCAUGUCCCCCUCACUCCCUCGCUCUCUCUCUAUCGCGCUCACUCUUGUUUUCCAAAGGUAUGAUAAAAAAAACAAAAUGGAAGGGAUGAAACUCGAAUGGAUUUGUUGUGAUUCAGAGGUGAAUGAAUGAAUGCUAUUGCUCUCCUGGUGCGAGAUUGUCUAUUUAUUUAUGAUGUACGUAUAUGUGUUUCUUUUCUUUUUCUUCGGUUAUCUUUUCUCUAUGGCGAACUUUGACCUUUGACCUAUACCUUUGUGCUGCUGUAAGGUCAGACCUGGAUUUCCUGUGUUCAGUUCUCUUCCUAGCCUUUCCUUCUACUCUCUCUAUUUUUUAAAAGAUGCUAUAAUUAUUUUAAAACAUGUUAAGAGAAGAUGCAGGCUGUCCCGAUUGCUAUAAUUGUUGGUAUUGAUGUAUUAUUAUUAUUAUUAUUAUUAUUAUAUAAUUAUUAUUAUGUUGUGUAAAUAGCAACGUAUCUAAGAACAUUGAUGAGUUUAGGUAAGUUUUGAAAAGAAAAUCCUGAUACCUUAGGCUGCUUGACGCAAAAUACCUCAGGUUCCAUUGAAAGGCUUUUCCUUCCCCUGUACCUGUUUUGUGAAAAUGAGACAAAAAUGCAAACAUUACAAAAAUAUGAACUGUU